AGAAUUGGAAUUUGAAUUUCAAAUGACCUAAGGAUCUUGCUCCACAUUUUCGUGUGUGUUUCGUGUUCUAUAAAAGAGUGAUAGCCGCGGGUUCGCGUGUCAGAACAGAUCAAGAUGUUGAGGUGGCCAGUGGUUUGCCUGCUGCUCCCGCUUUUGGCCACGGCCAAGAUCUUUGAUCGCUGUGAGUUGGCCAAUGUGCUGCAGCACCGUUUCGGUCUUCCUGCCGCCCAAGUGGCCACCUUGGUGUGCAUUGCCCAGCAUUCGAGUGAUUUCAAUACGGCUGCCUUUGGUGGCGGCGCAGGAUUGGGCGGUGGUUCCCAUGGUCUCUUCCAGAUCAGCGAUGUCUACUGGUGCUCGCCGCCGGGUCAAGGAAAGGGUUGUGGCCUGAGUUGUUCGAGUUUGCGGGACGAUGACAUCGCCGACGAUGUCCUGUGUGUGAGAAAGAUCUAUGCUGAGCAUCAGAGGAUCAGUGGCGAUGGAUUCACCGCCUGGCAGGCUUAUGGCGCUUACUGCCGCCAGGAUGCAAAUGCAUAUGUGGCAGGAUGUGGAGGUCCUGGCAGCACCGCCCUUUCGGUAGCUGCGACCUACCAGAAACCGCAACAGGUCCAGGUCCACAGCUAUCCAGUGCAGCAAUACCAUCAGGUGGCUCAAGUCCAGCAGCAGGGAAAAAUCUACAGUCGCUGCGAGUUGGCCCAGGAACUGUAUUACCAACACAAGCUGCCCAUGCCGCAAAUCCCCACCUGGGUUUGCAUAGCCCAGCAUGAAUCCUCCUUCAACACAGCUGCCGUGGGUCGCCUGAAUGCGGAUGGCAGUGCGGACCACGGUCUGUUCCAGAUCAGCGAUCUUUUCUGGUGCACCCAUGACCAGAGGGCGGGAAAAGGAUGCCAUGCCACGUGCAAUCAGUUCCUGGACACCAGCAUAGCCGAUGAUGUGCAGUGCAUCCGACGGAUACACCAGGAGCACACUCAGAUCUCGGGAGAUGGCUUCAAUGCCUGGACGGUGUACAAGAGGAACUGCCUAAAUCAGCACUACGAACAGGUUGCAGCCUGUUUUGCCAAGCCACCGGCUCAUCAGCCUCAGCAUCAUCCAAACGCCAUUGGCGGAGGUCCUGUGAAGUCCAAGGUCAGCUAUGCCUAUCAAUAUGGCCAGGUUCAAGUGCAUCAGACGCCAGUUGUGAAACCACCUGUUGUGAAUCAAUAUUAUCGUGCGCCGCAGCCGACGCCCGUUGCGACUUACCAAACCAAUGGGGCUGCCUAUUCGGGCAAUCCCUUUCUGCGACCACGCCCAGUUAAUCCUCCCAGACAGCAUCCCAAUGCCAUUGGCAUACCCCUGAAAAACCAAUCCCCUGCCAGCCCAUUCUAUACUUACAAACAGCAAACACAGUAUCAACCACAAUAUCAGACACACUUUCAAACACACAAUCAACGCACGGGUAAAGUUUACAAUCGCUGCGAGUUAGCCCAAGAGUUGUAUUUCUCACACAAGUUUCCCAUGCAGGAUUUGGCCACCUGGGUGUGCAUCGCCGAGCAUGAAUCCUCAUUCAAUACGGCAGCUGUGGGUCGUCUGAAUGCGGAUGGGAGUGCGGAUCACGGGCUCUUCCAGAUCAGCGAUCUCUAUUGGUGCACGCACAAUGAUGGUGGCGGCAAGGGAUGUCACAUCGACUGCAAUCGCUUGCUGGACUCGGACAUCGCGGAUGAUGUCAAGUGCGUGAGGACCAUCCACGAGGAGCACACCAGAAUUUCAGGAGAUGGAUUCACCGCCUGGACUGUCUACAAUGGACACUGCAGGCAGAAAACUAGAGCCGAUAUCGCCAGCUGCUUUGAUGGUAAAGAUCUGUCUGUGGAAGUCGCGAAACCAUCGAGGGGUAACGAGCUGGUUAAGAAGACAUCUCCACCUCCAAAGGCAAAAAUCUACAAUCGCUGUGAGCUGGCCAAGGAACUAUACCAUAGACAUAAGUUCCCCAUGAGGGAGAUUCCCACUUGGGUGUGCAUAGCCCAACAUGAAUCCUCUUUUAAUACAGCAGCUGUGGGAAAACUGAACUCAGAUGGCAGUGAGGAUCACGGCCUGUUUCAGAUCAGCGAUAUUUACUGGUGCACCCACGACCAGACUAGUGGUAAGGCCUGUCACAUCGAAUGCGAUCGUUUGCUGGAUUCAGAUAUAUACGACGAUGUCCAGUGUAUACGCACUAUCCACGAAGAACACACACGACUCUCGGGAGAUGGCUUCAAUGCCUGGACUGUCUACAAUUUACAUUGCAGGAAUCAAAACUUGGCCCAAUUGAGUGACUGCUUCGAUGGAAAUGAGAUUUCAGAGGCGGAUAAGACCAGUCAUUAUGGUGAAAGGCCCCAGGUUAAGCCUAAUCCGUCAGUGCCACAGAAACCACAACACAAGAUAGCAACAACUCAGGAAUAUGCUGGUAAUCCCUUCUUGCAAAACCUUCAAGCUGCCAAAACACCUCAGCCCACCAUAAAUACCAAUAAACUUGCGAAUAAAGUAUCAGCUCCCAAGGAGCCAAACACAAAUAAACUAUAUGCCACCAAUCCAUUUUUCAAUAGUCAACUACAGAGCAAGCCUUCUCCCACACCUGGUUAUUCCACCCAAAAACCAAACUAUGAUCACAAUCCCUUCCUGAAAGCACCUGUUUCAGUAACGCCAUCUGUUAAACCUUCACAUGCUUCACAAGAAACCAAGACCCAUGACAGUAUAUCCUAUGUCCAAAACCCAUUCCUCAGUCUACUUGGCAAACCAAUUGUACCUGCUCAAGCUACACCCAUCCAUCCCCAGCCCAAGCCUCAGCCCAAGCCCUCGAGCCCAUCUAAGACCACUCAGUUGGUCAACAGACCCUACGUCAGCAGCGACAGCUUCCGCAAUGAGGUGAUUAAAUUUACGGCCACCUCUGCAGCAGUGGCAACAACAGCAAGCUUUACAAAGCAAUCUGUAACAACAACCACACGGAAACCCCUGACAGCGACCACAAGAAAACCUGUCCCAACUACGGCCAAAACAACUAGCUUGCCGUUAUGGUCAUGGCAAACUUCUACGGCCGCUAAGCCCACAAUAACAGAAAGUGGUAAUCACCAUACAACAUCAACCACCCGAUCGGUGAUAACCAAUAAGCCGAAUACUCGUCCAACCAUUCCAGCAGUUUCACGUGCUACUACUCGAGCACCUACACGGUCAACUAAUGGGCCAGUUAGCAAAACAUCUCAACCAGGGACCUACCUUAACACUCCCCCAACAACUCGACCGACCAUUCGAUAUAUUACCUCAACAACACGUUCCAGUACUUUCCCUGUACUUACGACUCGUCCAACUACUCGCCCAACUACUCGCCCAACUACUCGUCCAACUACUGGUGCAACUACUCGUCCAACUACUCGUGCAACAACUCGCACAGCUACUCGUGCAACCACUCGUUCAACUACUCGUCCAAUUACACGCCCAACUACUCGUCCAGCUACUCUCCCAACUACACGGCCAACUACUCGGCCUUCCACAACAAAUCGACCACUCACAACCACUCGAUAUAUUCCAACAACUCACCAAUCUGUAAUCACACAGACCACAAAUCGAAACGCAGCGAUAUAUUUACCAACACAUCAUACAAUUUCGCCAACUCGUUCAACAACUAAGUCUCCAUAUCACUAUGUCUCAAUAAAUAAACCUACCACACGCUCAACUACAAGCACAACGAUACGUUCCUCAACAACAACUCGUCAACCGCCCACGACAAGAUCCACCACUCGUUACUCAGCGGUAACGGCAUCUACCACUCGUCAAGGAAGUACCACACCAAGGCCAUACUUAUUUACCUCAACAACGAAGAAGAGUGUCACCACUAAGGAUCCAUUCGAUCAUCCGUUUUUCCAGAAAUUCAAGGCUAAGUUUGAGAAAACUGCAACAGCCCAAAAUCAAAAGGCUUCCACGAUAUUAGCUGUUAAUCAAAAUCAAACUACCAUCAGUCCUUAUUAUGCAAAAUAUCAGGAAAACAAGGCUAAAACAGGAGAAAAAACAGUUUUUUCUUAUGACUUUGGUCAAAUGAGAAACACUACCAGUAGGUCAAAAAGUGCCUUUGAUGUUUACCUGAAUUGGAACCAAAAUUAAUGGCAUUUCCAUUAGUGUGACACUUUCGAAACUUGUAAAUAUGCGUUAUUGAUCUAUGUAACCAGCACUAUGCUAAACAUAAUGACAGAAUACUCAUGCAUUAUUA